AUGGUCAUGGAGGUACGGGACAGUUUGGAGAUUACACAUACAGGGGAGUAUUUAAAUUUUCUUAAAUGCUACUUUCGGGCCUUUUCUGUGAUUUUGUAUCAAAUAACGAGGCCGCAAUUCACUGAUAACCAGGAGCAUAAGCUUAGAAACAUAGUGGUGGAAAUUCUGAACCGUUUGCCUCAUAGUGAAGUUUUAAGACCAUUUGUUCAGGAGCUCCUUAAAGUGGCAAUGCACGUCCUAACCACUGACAACGAAGAGAAUGGCUUAAUCUGUAUUCGUAUAAUUUUUGACUUGCUUAGGAAUUUUAGGCCCACCUUAGAAGCAGAAGUUCAGCCCUUUUUAGAUUUUGUUUGCAAAAUUUAUCAGAAUUUUAGGGUUACUGUUAAUUACUUUUUUGAGAGCGGCGCUGUGGCUGCUCCACCGCCUGUUUCUUCGGGUUCACUGGGAUCUGGAUUGAUUGGGGACGAUAUCAAGCCGAUGGAGGUGUCCGAUCAAGUUGGUUCCACGGGCUCCCACGUUGCUCAAGGGCAACUCAAUCCAAGUACUAGGUCGUUUAAGGUGGUCACAGAGAGUCCUUUGGUGGUUAUGUUUCUGUUUCAGCUGUACAGCAGGCUUGUUCAGACUAAUAUUCCUCAUUUAUUGCCACUUAUGGUGAAUGCGAUAUCUGUUCCGGGGCCUCAAAAGGUCCCUCCUCAUUUAAAAAAUCACUUCACCGAGCUUAAAGGCGCACAGGUCAAGACCGUUUCUUUCUUAACUUACCUGCUGAAAAGUUUUGCUGAUUAUAUAAGACAACACGAAGAAAGCAUCUGCAGAAGUAUUGUUAACCUGCUUGAGACAUGUUCUGACUCUGUUUCUAUAAGAAAGGAGUUGUUGGUGGCGCUCAAGCAUGUCUUGGGAACUGAUUUUAAGCGGGGCUUGUUUCCUCUUAUUGACACCCUGUUGGAAGAAAGGGUCCUUGUUGGAACUGGUCGAGCCUGCUUUGAGAGUCUGAGGCCACUGGCCUACAGUUUACUAGCAGAGAUUGUUCAUCAUGUCAGAGCAGAUCUAUCUUUGCCUCAGUUGUCAAGGAUCAUUUACUUGUUCUCUAGUAACAUGCAUGAUGCGUCACUGUCACUCAGCAUUCACACUACAUGUGCUCGAUUAAUGCUGAAUCUGGUAGAGCCGAUUUUUGAGAAAGGUGUCGAUCAGCCAUCAAUGGAUGAAGCAAGGAUUUUAUUGGGUCGAAUUUUGGAUGCCUUUGUUGGCAAAUUUAACACUUUCAAGCGUACUAUUCCUCAGUUGCUGGAGGAGGGAGAGGAUGGAAAAAGUAGGUCCACUUUGAGAUCAAAACUUGAGCUCCCAGUCCAGGCAGUUCUUAAUUUGCAGGUUCCUGUAGAACACUCCAAGGAAGUUAGUGACUGUAAGCAUCUGAUCAAGACAUUGGUUAUGGGAAUGAAGACAAUUAUUUGGAGCAUAACCCAUGCACAUUUACCUCGGUCUCAGGUUUCACCGUCCACGCAUGGUACGUCUCCCCAGGUGCUUGCUUCUACAGCAUCAAAUUCAUCCUUGCCACAACCGUUCAAAGGAAUGAGAGAGGAUGAGGUGUGGAAAGCUUCUGGAGUUCUGAAAAGUGGUGUGCAUUGCUUGGCCUUGUUCAAGGAGGAGGAGGAGAACAUGAUUAAUCUGUUCUCACAGAUAUUGGCCAUCAUGGAACCAAGAGAUCUGAUGGAUAUGUUCUCCUUGUGCAUGCCGGAGCUAUUCGAGUGCAUGAUAUCCAAUACGCAGCUGGUCCAUAUAUUUUCAACACUUCUACAGGCGCCUAAAGUUUUCCGGCCGUUUGCAGAUGUUUUGGUGAAUUUCCUUGUCAGCAGUAAACUUGAUGUUCUGAAGGAGCCAGAUUCACCUGCUGCAAAACUUGUUUUGCAUCUUUUCCGAUACUUGUUUGGGGCUGUUGCAAAGGCCCCUUCAGACUGUGAACGCAUUUUGCAGCCACAUGUUCCUGUCAUCAUGGAAGCUUGCAUGAAAACGGCUGCUGAAGUUGAGAAACCAAUUUGUUACCUGCAGCUCCUACGUACAAUGUUUCACGCGCUUGCUGGUGGCAAGUUUGAACUUAUUCUGAGGGACUUAGUUCCCAUGCUGCAACCCUGCUUGAAUAUGCUGUUGGCCAUGCUUGAGGGUCCUACUGGUGAUGAUAUGAGAGAACUUCUACUAGAGCUUUGUCUCACUCUGCCUGCACGAUUAAGCUCAUUAUUACCUCAUCUUCCACGGCUUAUGAAGCCCCUUGUAAUGUGUCUGAGAGCAAGCGAUGAGCUGGUAACCCUUGGUUUGAGGACACUCGAGUUCUGGAUUGACAGCUUGAAUCCUGAUUUCCUGGAGCCUAGCAUGGCAAAUGUUAUGUCUGAGGUGAUUCAAGCAUUAUGGUUCCAUUUGAGACCUGCUCCUUAUCCUUGGGGUGGGAGAUCAUUGCAACUUCUCGGUAAAUUGGGUGGUCGUAAUAGACGUUUUCUCAAAGAGCCUCUUGCUCUUGAAUGUAAAGAGAAUCCGGAGCAUGGACUUAGACUGAUUCUAACAUUUGAGCCCUCUACACCAUUUCUGGUGCCUCUUGAUCGUUGCAUAAAUCUUGCUGUGGCUACUGUGAUGCACAAAAAUGGAAGUGUUGAGGCUUUCUACCGGAGACAAGCUCUGAAGUUUCUUCGUGUAUGCUUGUCAUCCCAGCUUAAUUUGCCAGGAAUUGUUACCGAAGAGGGCUCAGUAACUAGGCAGUUGUCAAGUCUUUUGGUUUCUGCAACCGACCCUUCUGUGAGAAGAUCAGAAACAUCUGAAAUAAAGGCUGACUUGGGUGUGAAAACGAAGACCCAACUGAUGGCUGAGAAAUCUGUGUUUAAGAUCCUUUUGAUGACCAUCAUUGCUGCUAAUGCGGAACCUGAUUUGGUUGACCCUAAGGAUGAAUUUGUUGUCAAUGUUUGCCGUCAUUUUGCUAUGAUAUUUCAUGUGGAUCACUCGCAUACAAAUAUAUCAGUCUCUGCCUCUUCGUUUGGUGGUCCCCUUAUCGCAUCGAGCUCCAGUGGUAGUUCUAAAUUGCGGCAUAAUGCACCUUCUAAUCUGAAAGAGCUGGACCCGUUGAUCUUUUUAGAUGCUUUAGUGGAGGUAUUGGCAGAUGAAAAUAGAAUGCAUGCUAAGGCUGCUCUUGAUGCUCUCAAUGUUUUUGCCGAGACACUUAUAUUUCUUGCUCGGUCGAAGCAUUCAGAUACUCUAGCCUCCAGAGGAGGCCCUGUUACACCUAUGGUCGUUUCUAGUCCUUCUAUGAGUCCCGUUUACUCACCGCCUCCAAGUGUCCGAGUCCCAGUUUUUGAGCAGCUUUUACCUCGCCUUUUGCAUUGUUGCUAUGGUAGUACCUGGCAAUCACAGAUUGGGGGAGUGAUGGGUAUUGGAGCUAUGGUUGGAAAAGUUACUGUUGAAGUUUUAUGCCAUUUUCAAGUGCGGAUUGUUCGGGGGCUGGUUUAUGUUCUUAAAAGGCUUCCAAUUUAUGCCUCCAAAGAGCAGGAAGAGACCGGUCAGGUGCUAACUCAAAUCCUGCGUGUUGUGAAUAACGUUGACGAGGCAAACAGUGAAGCACGAAGGCAAAGUUUCCAGGGAGUUGUAGAAUAUCUUGCAACAGAGUUGUUUAAUUCGAACUCAUCUGUUAAUGUCAGAAAGACUGUGCAGUCUUGCUUGGCACUUUUGGCAAGCCGCACAGGAAGUGAGGUCUCUGAGUUACUUGAACCUUUGUACCAACCUUUGCUUCAGCCUCUUUUCAUGCGACCACUCCGGGGAAAAUCUGUUGAUCAACAGGUGGGAACGGUCACUGCUUUGAAUUUCUGUUUAGCUUUGAGGCCUCCUCUUCUGAAAUUGACUCAAGAACUGGUCAAUUUUCUCCAAGAGGCUCUGCAAAUAGCUGAGGCUGAUGAUGCUGUUUGGGUUGUCAAAUUCAUGAACCCAAAAGUGGCAUCUUCAUUAAAUAAGCUUCGCACAGCUUGUAUUGAACUUCUUUGCACCGCUAUGGCGUGGGCAGACUUCAAAACUCAAAACCAUGCGGAACUGCGAGCAAAAAUCAUUUCCAUGUUUUUCAAAUCUCUAACCAGCCGAACUCCUGAAAUUGUUGCUGUUGCCAAGGAAGGUCUAAGACAGGUUAUACUUCAGCAAAGAAUGCCUAAAGAACUUCUACAAAGCAGCUUGCGACCUAUCUUAGUUAAUUUGGCGCACACUAAGAAUCUGAGCAUGCCUCUCCUUCAAGGACUGGCUCGUCUACUUGAACUUUUAUCCAACUGGUUCAAUGUUACUUUAGGAGGUAAAUUGUUGGAGCAUCUCAAAAAAUGGUUGGAACCUGAAAAGCUCAUGCAGGCCCAAAAGGCUUGGAAGGCUGGUGAAGAACCAAAAAUAGCGGCUGCAAUUAUUGAGCUUUUUCACUUGCUCCCUUCUGCUGCUGGGAAAUUCUUGGAUGAACUUGUUACUUUGACCAUUGAUCUCGAGGCUGCUCUUCCACCUGGUCAGUUCUAUAGUGAAAUUAACAGUCCUUAUCGGUUGCCCCUCACAAAAUUUUUGAAUCGAUAUCCUGCUGCGGCUGUUGAUUACUUUCUUGCUCGAUUGCGUGAGCCAAAAUACUUCCGGCGGUUCAUGUACAUUAUUCGAUCUGAUGCUGGCCAACCCUUGAGAGAAGAACUUGCAAAGUCACCUGAUAAGAUAAUUGCUAGUGCAUUUCCUGAAUUUUCACCAAAUUCUGAUGCAUCAACAGCACAGGGAUCUUUAAAUAACUCUAACGCAUUGGGGGGUGGUGAAGGAGCUGGUAAUCAACCUGAAAGUUCAAUGCCAACUUCAGCCAGCGCAGGAGGAACAGCUGAUGCGUAUUUUCAGGGAUUAGCUUUAGUCAAGACUUUGGUUAAACUGAUGCCUAGCUGGCUGCAGAGUAACCGUGUUGUUUUUGACACAUUGGUUCUUCUCUGGAAGUCACCUGCACGAAUUAACCGGUUACAGAAUGAGCAGGAAUUAAAUUUGGUACAAGUUAAAGAAAGCAAAUGGCUGGUCAAGUGCUUUUUGAAUUAUUUGAGACAUGAUAAAAAUGAAGUCCAUGUUCUAUUUGAUAUACUAUCAAUCUUUCUUUUCCGGACUCGCAUAGACUUCACGUUCCUUAAGGAGUUCUACAUUAUCGAGGUUGCUGAAGGUUACCCACCCAACAUGAAGAAAGCUCUGCUUCUGCAUUUUCUAAACCUUUUCCAGUCUAAACAACUUGCUCAUGAUCAUUUGGUGGUGGUCAUGCAAAUGCUCAUCCUUCCGAUGUUAGCUCAUGCUUUCCAGAAUGGCCAGACCUGGGAAGUUGUGGAUACUGCUAUAGUCAAAACAAUUGUUGACAGGCUUCUUGACCCCCCAGAAGAGGUGUCUGUCGAUUACGAUGAGCCCCUUAGGAUAGAGCUUCUGCAGCUUGCAACCCUACUUCUGAAGUAUCUUCAAGCCGACCUUGUUCAUCAUAGGAAGGAGCUCAUCAAAUUUGGGUGGAAUCACCUGAAACGUGAAGAUAGUGCCAGUAAGCAGUGGGCAUUUGUCAAUGUCUGCCAUUUCUUAGAAGCUUAUCAAGCCCCUGAGAAAAUUAUAUUGCAGGUUUUUGUUGCCCUUCUCAGAACUUGCCAACCGGAAAAUAAAAUGUUGGUAAAGCAAGCUCUUGAUAUAUUAAUGCCAGCACUUCCUCGAAGGUUGCCGCUUGGUGACUCUCGUAUGCCAAUCUGGAUACGCUAUACUAAGAAAAUUCUUGUUGAGGAGGGUCAUUCGAUCCCUAAUCUUAUUCAUAUAUUCCAGCUGAUUGUUCGACAUUCAGACCUGUUCUACAGCUGCAGAGCACAAUUUGUUCCUCAGAUGGUCAAUUCGUUAAGUCGUCUUGGUUUACCAUAUAAUACUUCUGCUGAGAACAGACGUCUUGCCAUUGAGCUUGCUGGAUUGGUUGUUAAUUGGGAAAAACAAAGGCAAAAUGAAAUGAAAGUUGCUGCUAGCUCUGGCAGCAUUGGUACCAACACUGAUGUAUUAGUUCCCACCUCUGCUACCGCUGACCCUACUCAAGCUAUAGAUGGUUCUACUUUUUCUGAAGAUUCAAAUAAGCGAAUCAAGGUUGAACCUGGCCUUCAAUCCCUUGGUGUCAUGUCUCCUGGUGGUGUCUCUUCAAUACCCAAUAUAGAAACACCGGGGUCCUCUGGCCAACCUGAUGAAGAAUUCAAGCCAAAUGCAGCAAUGGAAGAAAUGAUAAUCAAUUUUCUUAUAAGAGUGGCAUUGGUGAUCGAGCCGAAGGAAAAAGAAGCAAGCCUUAUGUAUAAACAAGCUUUAGAGCUGUUAUCACAGGCACUAGAAGUUUGGCCAAAUGCAAAUGUGAAGUUCAAUUACUUGGAAAAGCUGCUUAGUAGUAUUUCACCUUCUCAGUCAAAAGAUCCUUCUACUGCUCUUGCCCAGGGCUUGGAUGUGAUGAAUAAGGUUUUGGAGAAGCAACCACAUUUGUUCAUUCGGAACAAUAUUAACCAAAUUUCUCAAAUAUUAGAACCAUGUUUCCAGAAUAAGAUGCUUGAUGCUGGCAAGUCAUUGAGCUCUCUCUUAAAAAUGGUAUCUGUUGCAUUUCCUCCGGACGCGGCCAGUACACCGCAGGAUGUUAAAAUGUUGUACCAAAAGGUAGAGGAGCUGGUUCAAAAGCACCUUGCUGACAUUGCAGCCCCCCAAACUUCAGGAGAAGAUAUUUCUGCUAGUAUGAUUAGCUUUGUUCUCCAUAUUAUAAAAACGCUAGCUGAGGUCCAGAAAAACUUUAUAAACCCUGGGAAUUUGGUUCAUGUACUACAGCGCCUUGCACGAGACAUGAUAACCUCUAGUGGUUCUUAUGUGAGACAUGGUCAGAAAUUUGAUAAAGAUUCUGCGGUUACUUCAUCUCGGCAAGGCACAGAUGUUGGAGUUGUUAUUGCUAAUCUUAUAUCUGUGCUGAAACUGUUAAGCGAACGGGUGAUGCUUGUUCCAGAUUGCAAGCGAGCUGUGACACAAACUCUGAAUUCAUUACUCUCCGAGAAGGGAAUUGACCCUUCUGUACUUCUUUGCAUAUUGGAUGUGAUAAAAGGAUGGAUAGAGGACGAUUUUGGCAAACCUGGGAUAUCUAGUAAUUUUCUUACUACUAAGGAGGUGGUUUCUUUCCUCCAGAAACUUUCACAGGUUGAGAAGCAGAACUUCUCUCCCAGUGAUGUUGAAGAAUGGGACCGGAAGUAUCUUGAGCUUCUUUAUGGGCUUUGUGGUGAUUCAAAUAAGUAUUCUCUUUCUCUGCGUCAAGAAGUUUUCCAGAAAGUGGAGAGGCAAUUUUUGCUCGGUUUACGUGCUAAAAAUCCUGAAAUGAGGAUAAAAUUUUUCUCUCUUUAUCAUGAGUCUCUUGGUAAAACAUUGUUUGUGAGGCUACAGUAUAUCAUCCAAGUUCAGGACUGGGAGGCAUUAAGUGAUGUUUUCUGGCUUAAACAAGGGCUUGAUCUUCUCUUAGCGAUAUUGGUUGAGAAUAAACCUAUUACUUUGGCUCCAAACUCAGCCAAGGUUCCCCCACUUUUGGUAUCCAGUAGUGUUCCUGAUUCAUCUGGGCCUCAACAGAUGUUAACUGAUGUCCCAGAUGGUAGUGAAGAGGCUCCUCUUACAUUUGAUUGCCUUGUACUGAAGCAAUCACGCUUUCUAACGGAAAUGAGCAAGCUUCAGGUUGCUGAUCUUAUCAUUCCGCUAAGAGAGCUCGCUCACACAGAUGCCAAUGUUGCAUAUCAAUUAUGGGUGCUGGUGUUUCCUAUCGUAUGGGUUACCUUGCAGAAAGAAGAACAAGUGGCACUUGCCAAGCCAAUGAUAAAUCUGUUGUCCAAAGAUUAUCAUAAGAAACAGCAGGCACACCGGCCAAAUGUUGUGCAAGCUCUUUUAGAAGGACUCCAGUUAAGUCAUCCUCAGCCUCGCAUGCCUAGUGAACUUAUCAAGUAUAUUGGGAAGACAUACAAUGCUUGGCACAUUGCACUCGCUCUCCUGGAAAGUCAUGUGAUGUUGUUCAUGAAUGACACUAAAUGCUCUGAGUCUCUUGCUGAGCUUUAUCGCUUGCUCAACGAGGAAGAUAUGAGGUGUGGUUUGUGGAAAAAGAGAUCAGUCACUGCAGAAACUAGGUCCGGUCUUUCACUUGUCCAACAUGGUUACUGGCAAAGGGCGCAAAGUCUCUUUUAUCAGGCCAUGGUUAAGGCUACCCAAGGCACUUACAACAACAAUGUACCCAAAGCUGAGAUGUGCCUUUGGGAAGAGCAAUGGCUGUGUUGUGCUAGCCAACUAAGUCAAUGGGAUGUGCUGGUAGACUUUGGCAAACUCAUUGAGAAUUAUGAGAUAUUACUGGAUAAUCUUUGGAAGCAGCCUGAUUGGGCUUAUUUGAAAGAUCAAGUUUUUCCUAAGGCUCAAGUUGAAGAAACUCCCAAACUUCGUAUUAUCCAGGCAUACUUUGCUCUUCAUGAAAAAAAUACAAAUGGUGUUGCCGAAGCUGAAAAUAUUGUGGGCAAAGGUGUUGAUCUUGCUUUGGAACAAUGGUGGCAAUUACCUGAGAUGUCUAUUCAUGCCAGAAUCCCUUUAUUACAGCAAUUUCAGCAACUAGUUGAGGUUCAAGAGUCAGCUAGGAUUAUAGUGGAUAUUGCCCAUGGUAACAAACUUGCUGGGAAUUCCGUGGCUGGUGUCCACGGUGGAGUUUAUGCUGAUCUGAAGGAUAUCCUAGAGACAUGGAGGCUUAGAACACCAAAUGAGUGGGAUAACAUGUCUGUCUGGUAUGAUCUCCUUCAGUGGAGGAAUGAAAUGUACAAUGCAGUUAUUGAUGCCUUUAAGGAUUUAAGUUCAACAAACUCUCAGCUGCAUCACCUUGGUUACCGGGACAAGGCUUGGAAUGUCAACAAGCUUGCUCACAUGGCUCGUAAGCAGGGAUUGCAAGAUGUUUGUGUCACCAUAUUGGAGAAGAUGUAUGGGCAUUCGACCAUGGAAGUUCAGGAGGCGUUUGUGAAAAUUAGGGAACAAGCGAAGGCUUAUCUAGAAAUGAAGGGAGAGCUUACUAGCGGUCUGAAUCUGAUCAACAGUACCAACUUGGAGUAUUUUCCAGUUAAACAUAAAGCUGAAAUAUUUCGUCUCAAGGGAGAUUUCUUGUUGAAACUCAAUGACUGUGAAGGUGCUAAUCUUGCAUAUUCACACGCUAUCAGCUUAUUCAAGAACUUGCCAAAAGGUUGGAUUAGCUGGGGAAAUUAUUGCGACAUGGCCUACAAAGAAACGCAUGAAGAGAUGUGGUUAGAAUAUGCUGUGAGCUGUUUCCUUCAAGGCAUCAAAUUUGGAAUUCCUAAUGCCAGGAGUCAUCUUGCUCGUGUUCUGUAUCUUCUGAGUUUUGACACACCCAACGAACCAGUGGGAAGGGCUUUUGAUAAGUACUUGGAUCAGAUCCCACAUUGGGUGUGGCUUUCUUGGAUUCCACAAUUGUUACUUUCAUUGCAGAGGACGGAAGCUCCUCACUGCAAACUUGUUUUGUUAAAAGUUGCCACUGUGUUUCCUCAGGCUUUGUAUUACUGGCUGCGGACAUAUCUUCUUGAGCGCCGAGAUGUGGCAACUAAAACUGAAUAUGGUAGAAUGGCGCUGGCUCAGCAAAGAAUGCAGCAAAGUGUUUCUGGUUCUGGUCCAUCAGGUUCCUCUGGCUUGGUUGAUGGAAAUGCUCGAGUAGCCGGUCAAGUUGGGGGACAAUUGGCAUCUGACAGUCAGGUACAUCAGGGAACUCCAUCUGGUGGAGGUGUUGGACCUCAUGAUGGCCAUAACUCUCAGAUGCAAGAACCGGAAAGGUCCGCCACUGAAGGAAACAUGCCUGGGACUGACCGUUUACAGCAGAUUUCAUCUUCAAAUGAUGGGGGUUCAAAUGCAAUGAGGCGUGGUGGUGGAAUGGAUCUAGUUGGUUCCGCAGCCAGUGCUUUUGAUGCUGCUAAGGACAUAAUGGAGGCCCUCAGAAGUAAACAUAAUAACCUGGCCAGUGAGCUUGAGAUAUUGUUAACGGAGAUAGGUUCAAGAUUUGUUACUUUGCCAGAGGAGAGAUUAUUGGCAGUGGUUAAUGCUUUGCUUCACCGUUGUUACAAGUAUCCUACAGCCACCACUGCAGAAGUUCCGCAAUCUCUUAAGAAGGAACUUUCUGGUGUUUGCCGUGCCUGCUUUUCACUAGAUGCCGUGAACAAGCAUGUUGAAUUUGUAAGAGAAUACAAGCAGGACUUCGAACGUGAUCUCGAUCCAGAAGGCACAGCCACAUUCCCUGCUACCCUUUCUGAAUUGACUGAACGGUUAAAACAUUGGAAAAAUGUUCUACAGAGCAAUGUUGAAGACCGUUUUCCAGCUGUUCUUAAGCUGGAAGAUGAAAGCAGGGUGUUGAGAGACUUUCAUGUUGUUGAUGUGGAAGUUCCUGGACAGUAUUUUACUGAUCAGGAGAUUACCCCUGAUCAUACAGUAAAGCUAGAUAGAGUUGGAGCAGAUAUUCCAAUAGUUAGAAGACAUGGCAGCAGUUUCCGACGGUUGACACUUAUCGGUUCUGAUGGUUCACAACGUCAUUUUAUCGUUCAGACAUCAUUGACUCCCAAUGCUAGAAGUGACGAACGAAUCUUGCAACUUUUCCGUGUUAUGAACCGAAUGUUUGAUAAGCAUAAAGAGUCUAGGCGUCGCCACAUAUGUAUUCACACGCCUAUAAUCAUACCGGUGUGGUCGCAGGUCCGUAUGGUAGAGGAUGAUUUGAUGUACAACACAUUUCUUGAGGUUUAUGAGAACCACUGUGCCAGGAAUGACAGAGAGGCAGAUCACCCCAUUACCUAUUUCAAGGAGCAACUAAACCAAGCUAUCUCGGGUCACGUAUCACCUGAAGGUGUUGUUGAUCUCCGCCUCCUAGCUUAUAAUGACAUCACGAAAAAUCAUGUGAGCGAUAGCAUAUUCUCACAGUACAUGUACAAGACUUUGCUGAAUGGAAACCACUUGUGGGCUUUCAAGAAGCAAUUUGCUGUCCAGUUAGCACUGUCAAGUUUUAUGUCUUUCAUGCUGCAAAUUGGAGGAAGAUCCCCAAACAAGAUUUUGUUUGCUAAAAACACGGGGAAAAUAUUCCAGACUGAUUUUCACCCAGCAUAUGAUGCAAAUGGCAUGAUUGAAUUUAAUGAACCUGUGCCUUUCCGUUUGACAAGGAAUCUUCAAGCUUUCUUCUCUCAUUUUGGCGUGGAAGGGCUAAUUGUCUCUUCUAUGUCUGCCGCAGCACAGGCUGUCAUGUCACCUAAACAAAGUCAGCAUCUGUGGCAUCAUCUAGCUAUGUUUUUCCGCGAUGAGCUCUUAUCUUGGUCUUGGAGGAAACCUGCAGUGAUGCCUAUGGGCCCAAUGAUUGGCGGUGGUGGUCUGAACCCUGUUGACUUGAAACAGAAAAUCACUACAAACGUCGAGCAUGUUAUUGGCCGGAUAAGUGGAAUAGCUCCUCAGUAUAUCUCAGAAGAGGAGGAGAAUGGUGUAGAUCCUCCACAAUCUGUUCAGAGAGGUGUGGCCGAGCUAGUUGAAGCAGCCUUGACUCCCCGGAACUUGUGCAUGAUGGAUCCAACAUGGCAUCCAUGGUUUUAA